AUGAUGAUGUUAAGAUCAACAGUAUCUAGUUUAUUAAAAACUAGAAUGACAUCUUCUUCAUUGUAUACACCAGCUGCUAUUAGAUCUUAUUCUACAUCUCAGACUGAUGCAGCAGCUGAAACAACCUCUACAACUUCAACAUAUAGUAAUCAUAAAUUAGAAUCAGAUUAUGUUCACAGCAAAGAUUUCAAUACAGUACCAGAAUCAUUUGCAGUGGUUCAUGUCGGUGGCAAACAAUAUAAAGUGAUCAAGGGUGAUGUUAUCAUGUCUGAUAGAUUACCCGUUCAAGUUGGUGAUCACAUCGUACUCGACAAGAUUCUAUUGGUUGGUACCAAGGGGUCGACCAUGAUUGGCACACCACUCGUCGACGGUGCCAAAGUACACGCAUUUGUCGAAGAGCAAACCAAGGCUAGCAAGGUCACCAUUUUCAAACACAAGAGAAGAAAAAAUUACAAGAGAACUACCUCUUUUACUCCUUUGGCAACUGUUUUAAGAAUCGGUGAUAUUAUAUUAAAAAAGAAUUAG